GGAGGGAGACGGGGGAGAUCCGGGGCGAGGAGCUGUUGAGGAGAAACUGGGGCAGUCUCCACCACAACCCCGCACGCCUCUGUACGGAUUAUAAUGCAUCCUGUUAGUGGUGUAAUGUGCUCGGGAGGAGGAGGAGGAGGAGAGGGAGGAGGAGUGUGUGACCGGAGAGCGAGAAUGGUUUCGGCGGAUGGGAGCGCACACAGUUCUCGCCGGUUCUCCGUGCUCCACCGUCUCCGUGAAUCCGCCACAGAAUACCUGCCCUCUUCUCCGCCACCCUGCUGCGCCCACCUCCGGGUACUGUUAGACCCAACUUGUCAUUACAUAACCCUGCGUCUUUAGCCGUUUUCACAUUUCUCCAAAAGCUUUGCGGAGUCGUCCAAGCCGGGUUGCCUUUGCUGUCGUGGACGAGCGGGAGGGUGGAAACCUGAGUCCAGCGGUGAUGAGAGCUCAACUCCGGGUGGAUUUCGCAUGGUGUGCUGCCAGAAGCAUCUGGAAAGGAUAACACAGGGAUCCACUCCCCCUCCGGAGGACCAGAGGAUAAUCCACAUCUCAGAUCUUUCAGUGUUUCAGCUCUGAGAGGUGUCUUCUUGCUCGUGUUUUAAUGUGGAUUUGGUUUGAUUAUACUGGCACUUAAAACUUUAACUUGCCAAGAGUGGCACAGUUUAAGAUUUUUUCAACUUUGGACAGGUUGGAUGACUGGUGCGUUCAGUAAGUGACAACAGGACAAGCAGACAAACCCAGAAACCAGGACAGAUUCCCUCACGGCGUCCUCGUAGCUAUGCAGUGAAGAUGUGUGCAGCCAGGUUCAGUGGCUGCAUCAAUGGCUGUGCUGAAGACGCCACUGGUGGUGCCUUGGGGGCUGCUGGUCCUGUCACAGCCUCCAGGAUGCUGGACUGGACAGAGGCCGGUCCCCGCAUCCUCCACAGCCUGGAGAUGGGGACGGUGAUGACCGUCUUCUAUCAGAAGAAGUCUCAGAAGCCCGAGAGGAGAACCUUCCAGAUCAGGCAGGACAUGCGGCAGAUAGUGUGGAGCCGAAACCCGGACAAGAUAGAAGGAGAGGUCGACAUACGAGAGAUCCGGGAGCUGCGGUUGGGGAAGGGCUCCAGGGAUUUCGAGCGCUACCCUGAGGAGGCCCGUAAACUGGACUCCGCCCACUGCUUCAUCGUGCUGUACGGUGUGGAGUUUCGCCUCAGGACGCUCAGUGUGGCUGCCUUCAGUGAGGAGGAGGUCAACAUGUGGAUCUCUGGUCUUAACUGGCUCAUGAUCGACACUCAGCGAGCGCCCGCUCCUCAACAGACUGACAGGUGGCUGAGGAAACAGUUUGAAGUUAUGGACAGGAGCCACGAGGGCAGCAUCACAGUGAAGGAUGUGAAAACGUUGCUGCCUCAGAUCAACUACAGAGUCCCCAACAUGCGCUUUCUUAAAGACAAGCUGCAGGAGGUGGAGGCCAGGAGCGAUCUGUCAUACCCCAACUUUGCACAGCUCUACAGAACUCUGAUGUUUGACGCACAGAAGAGUAUUAUUGAGCAGCUGGAGCUCUCCUUCCCUCUUCGGAAUGUUGACCGACCAGAGCUCUGUCAGAUCUCCCUCUACGACUUCCAGAAGUUUCUACAGAUGGACCAGAAGGACUCCUGGGCAUGUGACCUCGGUCGUGUCAGAGAGUUCCUCAUGGGGUACAUGAGGGGCGGCCCGCAGCCUGAGCCCACGUUGCAACUCGACGAGUUCCUGACGUUCCUGUUCUCUAAAGAGAAUUCUGUGUGUGAUCCUCGACUCUCUCCUGUUGUUGCCGAUGACAUGAAGAGGCCGCUUUCUCAGUACUGGAUCUCCUCCUCACACAACACCUACCUGACAGGUGACCAGUUUUCCAGUGAGUCGUCUCUGGAAGCGUACGCCCGCUGCCUGAGGAUGGGCUGCCGCUGCAUCGAACUGGAUUGCUGGGACGGACCUGACGACCUGCCGAUCAUUUACCAUGGCCACACGUUAACCUCAAAGAUUAAAUUCCUGGAUGUUCUGCACACCAUCAAAGAACAUGCCUUCGUCACGUCCGAAUACCCUGUGAUCCUGUCCAUCGAGGACCACUGCAGCGUGGUCCAGCAGAGGAACAUGGCCACGCACUUUAAGAAAGUGUUCGGAGAUCUGUUGCUCACCAAGCCCGUCGAUAACAACGCAGAGGAGCUACCGUCACCCUACCAGCUCCGCAGGAAGAUCCUCAUCAAGCACAAGAAGCUGGUGGAAGGCACGCUUUACGAAGAGGUGACAUCAGCCAGCUACUCCGAAAACGACAUCAGCAACUCCCUGAAGAACAGCAUCCUUUACCUCGAGGACCCCAUCGACCACACAUGGACCCCUCACUAUUUUGUCCUGACCAGUAAUAAGAUUUACUAUUCAGAGGAGACGUCUCACUACCAGACGGCCGACGAAGAGGAGGACGAUGAAGGCAAAGAGCAGGAGUGCAACAACAACGAGCAGCACUGUGCGGAGCGCUGGUUCCACGGGAAGCUGGGCGGAGGCCGUGAUGGUCGGCAGGUGGCUGAGAAGCUCCUGCAGGAGUACUGCGAAGGCGGAGCCAAAGACGGCACCUUCCUGGUCAGGGAGAGCGAGACGUUUGUUGGAGACUACACCCUCUCGUUCUGGCGCUCCGGUCGAGUCCAGCACUGCAGGAUCCACUCACGUCAGGAGUCUGGCUCCACCCGCUUCUACCUGACAGACAACCUGGUGUUUGAAAGCCUCUACCGCCUCAUCUGCCACUACAGAGACACGCCUCUGCGCUGCAACGAGUUCGAGAUGAGGCUGGUCAGCCCUGUGCCUCAGCCCAACGCACACGAGAGCAGAGAGUGGUUCCACUCCAGUCUGUCCCGGGUUCAGGCUGAACACAUGCUGAUGCGUGUUCCCAGAGACGGAGCUUUCCUGGUGCGAAAACGCAGCGAACACAACUCCUACGCCAUCUCCUUCAGGGCGGAGGGUAAAAUCAAACACUGUCGGAUUCAGCUGGAGGGCCGCCUCUUCAUGCUGGGAAGUUCUGCGGAGUUUGAGAGUCUGGUCGACCUCGUGAACUACUAUGAGAAACACCCGCUGUACCGCAAGAUGAGGCUCCGCUACCCCAUCAACGAGGACACACUGGACCGGAUGGGCACUGCGGAGCUCGACUAUGGGGCGCUGUACGAGGUCCGCACGCCUCAUUUCUAUGUGGAGGCAAAUAAGAUGCCAUCGGCACGGUGUACGGUCAAAGCUCUGUAUGACUAUCGAGCUCAGAGGGAAGACGAGCUCUGUUUCCCCAAACAGGCACUCAUCCUCAACGUGGACAAGCAGGAGGGCGGCUGGUGGAGAGGAGAUUAUGGAGGAAAGAAGCAGCUGUGGUUUCCUGCAAACUACGUUGAGGAGGUUCCCAGUUCUCCCACCAAAGAACUGGACGAAGUAGUGUGUCAGUCCACAGAGAAUAGUCCUCUUGGGACAUUUCUAAAGGGCUUCAUCGAUGUGCCCACCUGUCAUGUAGUGGUGCACAAAGAUGGGAAGAAUUCACGGCCCUACGUGUUCACGAUUCACUCCCAGCAGCCGUCAUCUCACCCAGUCCAGACGCUGGACGUGGCGGCCGACAGUCAGGAGGACUUAACCAUGUGGGUUAGCAAGAUCAGAGAGGCGACACAGAACGCUGAUGCUCGGAUGCAGGAGGAGAAGCAAAUGGAGAGGAGGAAGAAGAUCGCGGUGGAGCUGUCUGAGCUGGUGGUCUACUGCAGACCAGUCCCCUUCAAUGAAGACAAGAUCGGGACAGAGAGGGCGUGUUAUCGGGACAUGUCCUCUUUCCCAGAGACAAAGGCGGAGAAGUUUGCGACGCGCAGCAGAGGGAAACGCUUCCUGCAGUACAACCGGCGGCAGCUCUCCAGAGUUUAUCCCCGAGGACAGAGACUGGACUCGUCCAACUAUGACCCGCUGCCCAUGUGGCUGUGUGGCUCCCAGCUGGUCGCACUCAACUUCCAGACUCCUGAUAAACCCAUGCAGCUGAACCAGGCCUUGUUCAUGCUCGGAGGCAGCAGCGGCUAUGUUCCCCAGCCUGACCUCAUGAGGGACGACGCCUUUGACCCGUUCGACAAGGACACCUUACACGUGGAGCCAAUCACCAUCCAGUUACAGGUGCUGGGAGCUCGACAUCUGCCUAAAAAUGGCCGCAGCAUCGUCUGUCCCUUCGUGGAGGUGGAGAUCUGUGGAGCUGACGACGACAGCUGCAAGUGUAAGACAGACGUUGUAGCUGAUAACGGUCUGAAUCCUGUGUGGGUGCAGAGGCAGUUUGUGUUCGACAUCCACAACCCCACCUUCUCCUUCCUGCGCUUCACCGUCUACGAGGAGGACAUGUUCAGUGAUCCAAACUUCUUAGCACAGGCCACCUACCCGGUCCGCCUGCUGCGAACAGGCUAUCGGAGCAUCCCUCUGAAAAACAGCUACAGUGAAGAGCUGGAGUUAGCCUCACUCCUGGUCCAUAUCGAGAUUGUGAAUGCAAAGGAGGAGGACGAUGAGAAUCUGUACAUGUCCAUCCAGCGGCUCCGGGAUCGGACCAGCGAGCUGUCGAACCAGGUGUCCCUCCUGGAGAGGUCGGGCUCAGGAGAUCUGAGCUACCAGCAGAGUCUGGAGGAGCUCAGAGCGGCUCAGGAUCAGCUCAGUGAGCUGGUAGAGGCUCGAAACCGCAGGUUGGUGGAGAAGAAGAGGAGGGAGAAGCUGAGGCAGCAGGUGGCAGCAAAGCGCAGCUAAUCCUCAUGUCCACAAGAGGGCGCUAAACUGCAACACAAAUGGUGCCUGGAGCUGUGCAGCACAACAGCCUGUGAAUAUGUCAGGCUCCCUACAGCAGCGAGGUGCCAUCCAUUUAUAACUGGAAGAAAAAUCAUGUGCUAAAAAUGUGAGAUUCAAAGGCGUUGGAGAAACAGUAGACAAAAAAAAAAAAAAAUCAUCUCAUGGACUUAAAAUAAAACUUAAAAAUUAAGCUAUAAAACAAUCAUGAGCUGAAGGCUGAAACACAUGAAGAGUAAACCGGGACGAGCUUCACUAACACAAUUGCAGACAGGAGAGUUAAAAGUUGUAAAAAAGGAUUAGCAGCUUUUCUUUCUGUUGUGUGAUUAAACGUGUCUGAUUUUACAAUCUCAGUCCUAUAAACAAAAAGUUAUUUGUGAUUAUUGAUUAAAUAAAUGAACCCCUCUCUGUAGUCUGCUAGUUAGCAUAGGUGUGCUGGCGGCUAACCAUACCACAACAAAAAAUCAAAGUAUAAAGAGAUCUGAAUAUGGUAUUAUCAGAUAGACGAUGACAUCAGUCCAGAACUGUCUGCCUCCUGAUUUUAGUAAGAUUUUACUAGAGUCACACCGAUAUGGGAUUUUUACGGGCCGAUACCGAUAUUGAUAUUUGUAUAUAUCAGCUGAUAUCUUUUUUAGAUUUAUGUUCAAUCCGUAGAGAUAGAUAGAAAUAGAUAUAUUCAUUUAAUUACGUUAAUCCCUCAAAUGCAGUUAUCAAACACUUUUGGAAAAGAUUUAUCAUAAAGACAAGACGCUCACUCAACUGGAAAGUAACUUAGCAUGUACGUGCAUCACCAAUUGACACUCUGGAGAGUGAUGAUGAUUGUUGUAAUCCAUGUAGCGCCCUCUGCUGGUGACAGCCAGAAAAAAACUGCUAGUGUGAUACAAUGAUACUUAAAUGUCACCAGAAGUCACUGGAUAUGCUAAUAUCAGCCGAUGUUAUCGGCUGGCCAAUUAAUCAGUCGGGCUCUAAUAUUUACCUGCUUGCUUCUUGAUACUGUUGGGAACGCCAACGUCUUAAGCAAAGACGUUAAAGUAUGAUAUUCAAAAACUGAUCUGAAAACAACAGAUCAGGUUCACUCUUCCUGUGUUUUGGUUUUCAGUUUAAAAAAGGAUAUAAGGGAGAGGAAAACUCAGGUUAAACUCGUGGAUGGAUUCAAAUCUUUUGAAAAAGGGAGCAGCGGGCACAUGUAGCAAAAAUACAAAUCAUGUGUGUGCCUUUGAUGAUGUCUUUGUGGAGUAUAAUUACUCCAAUGAUUAAAGACUGCUUUCUCUACAACUGGAACUGUGGACCUUAAAGGGAGAACUACUCACAAUCUACAGGAGGAGAAAGUCACUCGUUUAGCUCGGACCACUACUCAUGAAAUGGGUUUGAAAUGGAUCCUAAAAAAAACUGAUGUCUGUUUUUCCUAAUUAAUCAAGACAAAGACUUUUGGGGAGCUGAACUUCAUGUCAUGAGCUCCUCUUCUGUCUGGGAGAGCAAAACUGGAUGAACUGCAUCUAACGUUUCCAUAACCAAACUGCACAGAGAAAUCGAUUAAUACUUCAGAAAAAGGGCUCUAAAUAUUUCUGUACUACCUUCAAAGAGACACGAGGGGAUCGAGCAGGGGAGAGGGGAAAAGGAACAAUACAUUCCUCUCAGGGCUCAGGUGUGUUUGUCACACUCGAAGAACAUGUGUGCUGCGUUUCAUUAGGAGUUCUUCUUCACCACAUUCUCUUCCUCUUAGCCUUUGGUGUGAGGUAACAGUCAAGGUUACACGGACGACACUUAGAGAGGACAGGAGGGUCACUGAUACGGGACACACUUACCUUUGUCAGCCUCAACGUAGGCAGAAGUUAACAACGCUGGUCUUCCUGUGAUGACGUCAUCUGUUGGGACAUUGUAAGCCUGAUAAUGGUCUUUAAGGUGUGCACAGUAAGACAUCUAAGAGCUCUGCUGAAGCAUACAGUCCUGCAUUAUUAUCCCUUGGCAAACCAUGGGUCUAUGUUAUUGCACCAAAGGAUUAUCAGCAAAGCUUUUUAGGUAACAUUGACAUCAGGAGACCCUUUUGUUAUUGACUCGCUCCCUCGGCCCUUUGAUAAUGAUUUCACUCUUGCAGAAAUCUCCUGGAUAUUUCCAGGAGGAGCUGUAUGUGUGAACGCAAACAGCCGAAUUAUUCACUCAGACUUUAUGCUGAGUUUCUCCUGCCAGACCUCUAGUAUUUUUUCCGCAGUAAGUCCGGAUAAACUGGCGUGAGACUGCAGCAGGAUAUUAUCAGGAGAAUUCAGCUCAAGCCAAUAGGAGGGGGGAGUGACGUUUAUAUCCCGUGACUGCUGCACGGCGCAAAGACUGUCUGCAUGCGACCGCUACCAUUAUGUUUUCUGUUUGCCAGAAUGCUCUUCUCUGCUCCUUUGAGAGUGGAUCUCCUCAAGUUCACUUCAGUGUUUCAGACAAAUCCAAAGACGCUUUUUAUCAUCUCAGUACCGAAGGAAAGACGAGAGAAGGUUGAACGAGUAAUGAAACGCACACUACAUACAAGGGCUAUCACUGAGCACUAGUAAAAUACUUUUUUUACACUCCCGCUUGGAGCUCUCAGCCUCUCAUCUGAACCCAACAACCCGGAUCAGAGCCCAUCAUCUGGAACUAAUAAACAGAUUUGGUCUGAGCUGGUUUAGCAGCAUCGAUCCGACCCCAAUGCAUGUCUUUGUGUCUGAUAAAACCCUGUGGCUACUUCACCGUCCCAUCAAUGCUCCUCUCUGAGUUCUCAUUGUAUAUAACUUUUUAUUUAUCUAACAUGGUCCAUAGCUGAAAACAAAUCACAAGAGGUAUGAUUCUGGACUCUGUUUGAAGAGAGAAAUGUAUUUUGUGUUCCUUCAAAAGUCCCCAAAGACACAGACCUCUCUCUCCCUACGCUACAGCAGGGACGUCUUUCUAUGCAACGUUUUGGCUUAAAGCCAUUGUUUGUGUGUUAGUAGAAAUUUGACUCAUGUUUUUAUUUCUUUCUGUAUCUAUGCUUACUGUCCAGUAUUAUUAUUCUGCAUUACAAAUACUGCUCAAGUUUACAUUGAUUAAAAGCUCUUUCAUCUUUUUCUGCCUGUGAUGUUGAUUUGAAUCCUGUGAAUAAAAAGCUUUAAAGGAGCAAUAUGUAA